CCAGUGCGGGACGGGGAGUCGAGCCCACAGCCUCUAUCUGCGCAGAGCCAGGUGUUGCUUGCCCAGACAGUUGAGGAACGCGCUGGUGACGGGUGAUCUUGACUCGGGACUUGAUUCGGAGGGACGUCCACUUCUGGUAGCCGGUCUGAGGAAAGGAGUCCCCGUCUCAGCUUAAGUAAAAACAAAGUAAAAUGAACACACUGAGAAACAUCUAAACACAACAUCCCAGGCAAACAAUUCUCCAGGGACUGGUUCUUCUUCAGGCACCCGAUCUGGGAAGGCCUUUGUGUCCUGCCGUGAGUGCUGGCUGCUGCCAAAUGUUAUCUGCUGUGCCUCUGUAUUUUUAUGAGAAUCAAUUGCAGACUUUACCCAGGCUGGCUCCUGCAGCCAGUCAGGAUAAACAGACCCAGAAUCACUUGGUGGCUCAAAGAAAGGAAAGCUGACUCAAAGCCCAGCUCUUCAGAUCCCUGUGGAUACGCUGCCUGUUCAUCUACAUCAUGGCGCUCCACCCCCGCAGGGUUCGGCUGAAGCCCUGGCUGGUGGCCCAGGUGGAUAGUGGCCUGUACCCGGGGCUCAUCUGGUUGCAUAGGGACUCCAAACGCUUCCAGAUUCCCUGGAAACAUGCCACCCGGCAUAGCCCCCAACAAGAAGAGGAGAAUACCAUUUUCAAGGCCUGGGCUGUGGAGACAGGAAAGUACCAGGAAGGGGUGGAUGACCCUGACCCAGCUAAAUGGAAGGCCCAGCUCCGCUGUGCCCUCAACAAGAGCAGAGAAUUCAACCUGAUGUACGAUGGCACCAAGGAGGUGCCCAUGAACCCAGUGAAGAUAUACCAAGUGUGUGACAUCCCCCAGCCCCAGGGCUCCAUCAUCAACCCAGGGUCCACUGGGUCUGCUCCUUGGGAUGAAAAGGAUAAUGAUGUGGAUGAAGAAGAUGAGGAAGAUGAGCUCGAUCAGUCACAGCACCAUGUUCCCAUCCAGGACACCUUCCCCUUCCUGAACAUCAAUGGUUCUCCCAUGGCACCAGCCAGUGUAGGCAACUGCAGCCCUGAAGCAGUGUGGCCCAAAACUGAACCUCUGGAGAUGGAAGUACCUCAGCCACCUAUACAGCCCUUCUACAGCUCCCCAGAGCUGUGGAUCAGUUCUCUCCCAAGAAGGAUAACUAUUGGCAGUGGCCUUCCUGAAUGCUGGUUGAAAGUGACUGACCUGGACAUCAAGUUUCAGUACCGUGGGAAGGAGUAUGGGCAGACCAUGACCGUGAGCAAUCCCCAGGGCUGCCGGCUCUUCUAUGGGGAUCUGGGUCCCAUGCCUGACCAGGAGGAGCUCUUUGGUCCUGUCAGCCUGGAGCAAGUCAAGUUCCCAGGUCCAGAGCAUAUCACCAAUGAAAAGCAGAAGCUGUUCACCAGUAAGCUGCUAGACGUCAUGGACAGAGGACUGAUCCUGGAGGUCAGCGGUCAUGCCAUUUAUGCCAUCAGGCUGUGCCAAUGCAAGGUGUACUGGUCUGGGCCAUGUGCUCCAUCACUUGUUGCCCCCAACCUGAUCGAGAGACAAAAGAAGGUUAAACUGUUUUGUCUGGAAACAUUCCUUAGUGAUCUCAUUGCCCACCAGAAAGGACAGAUAGAGAAGCAGCCACCAUUUGAGAUCUACCUAUGCUUUGGGGAAGAAUGGCCGGAUGGGAAGCCCCUGGAAAGAAAACUUAUCUUGGUUCAGGUCAUUCCAGUGGUGGCUCGGAUGAUCUACGAGAUGUUUUCUGGUGAUUUCACACGAUCCUUUGACAGUGGCAGUGUGCGCCUGCAGAUCUCAACUCCAGACAUCAAAGAUAACAUCGUCGCUCAGCUGAAGCAGCUGUACCGCAUCCUCCAAACCCAGGAAAGCUGGCAGCCCAUGCAGCCCACCCCCAGCAUGCAGCUGCCCCCCGCCCUGCCGGCCCAGUAAAUCAAGCCUGUUGUCUCCCUUCUCUUUUUUACAAUAUUGUACAUAUGGAUAUUUUUUAUUAUUCUUUUAAACCUCUCUUCUUUCUAACAAUGUUGGUAGUCUCUGACUCUCCAGAUAUGCCUAGCUUUGAGAGUUGAUUUAAUUUAUGAAAAAUUGCCCUUCAUACUUUCCCUGUCUUUUUUAAGCCUCCCAAUGGUAGUAAUGUAGUAGAAGGAGAUUUGGCCUUGGAGUUUGGACAUCAGGGUUCUAGCUGCAGCUUUGCUUCCAUAGUGUGACCUUGAACCAAGUCUAACCUUGGCUCAGAUUCAUUACUGUAAAGUGAAGGGAUUGGAAUGAUGCCUGAAAUAAUGCCAACUUUAAAAUUCUGACUCGAUGACUUCAUUCUACUUGUACAAGGGAAAACCGCCUGGAACAGAACCCUUCUGCAUUGUUCUUGUACCACAUUUUUUUUUUCUUUCAUUAAAGUUCCCUCAAGCCCUGA